GAGCACGGCACGGUCCGGCACGGCCACGGCCGGCGGGCCCGGGCGCCCGCUCCCUGCUGCGGAUGCGCUUGGAUGGGGGCCACCGAGAGGUCCCCAGGACCACCGUGCCGAGGGAGAGGAGGCGUUUCCCGUUCUCCCAGCGGUGUUUUGGCUCAGGGGCAGCAGAGGAGGCAGCCGGGCAGGAGCAGCACUUUUGGGCGCUGUCCCCAGCGCGUUUCCAGCGCUGAAGGUCACCCUGCCCAGUCCCGGUGGGAAGCGGCUCAGCAUUCCCAGCUCGGCUUCUCAGGGCAGGCAGCGCUACCUCGGUGGUGUCCCAAAGGCAGGAGGUGCUGUCCCACGCUCCAUCCCUCAGGGACAAUCAGGGACAAUGUGCGGCAUUUUCCCCCCGUGCGCACCCUUUAACCCCGGCACAGCCACCGGACCCGGCGCCGGCACCACCUCCUGAUGUCAAGGAAAGCUGGGAAAAGCCCGGGGCUGAUCAGAUUUAGGGAAAAUCCGAGCUCUGGCAGGCUCUGCGGGGCUCCAGGCCGGGGUGGGGGUCUCGGCGAGACCUUUCACUGCUGGCAGCGCCGCGGCUCUGGCGGGGGUGACGGGGGUGUGCCGGCUGUGGGCUCCGUCCGGCGUUCUCGGUCUCUGCUCCGCUUCUCCGCGCUGGGAUGUGGCAGCCGGGGGGUCCCGGCAGCAGCGCCGGCACUUCGGGAGAGCUCGGUGACACCGCCCAUUCGGCGUGAGGCUGCUGCGCUCCAGCUGGGCACCGGGAAUCAGGAGGGAGAGGCGAGGAAAAGCGGGAGCGGCGCUGCCUUCAGCCGUCCCCCCGCUGGGAAUCCGGACAGACGGAUGGGCUGGCGCUGGCGACAAGGACAGGGUUAAGGGCAUGUGGAGGAGCAUCCUGUUCUCCAGCAGCCCCUUGGCUGGGGGUGUCCCGGGGGUCCAGGCCGAGGGUCCGGCUGUGCCGGUGCCAGGGGAUCCAUCCGGGCACGGGCAGGGCGCGGUGCCGCCUGGCACGGCGCUGGAGGAGCUCGCGCCUCCAGCUGGCGCGGGGCCGACAGGAGCCAGAUUUAGUUUUCUGUGACUGAGAGGUUGUAAAUUGAACUAAUUUAGGAUUCGAUAGGAAAACGAAAGGAGGUCGGCGUCGGCGCAGAGUGGGGGGCGGCAGCGUCCGGGCAGUGCCUUUGGCCCCAUCCGUGGGGCUCCGUCCAUCCUAGCUCUCUGCUCCUCUCCACUCCCUUCCCUCUUCUCUCUCUUUUCCCCACCUUUCGCUCUUUCUUCACCUCUUUUUUGUUUUGGUUUGGUUUUUUGUUUGGUUUUUUUUUUGGUUUUUUGUUUUGUUUUGUUUUGUUUUUUUGUUUUUUUGGAGCUGCCUAUCCCCUCCCCGCUACUUCUGUGUCCCCGCUGCUGGCAUUGCACGAUGGCACAGCUUUGCCCCGUGGUCCCAGCGGCAGCGCCGGGACGGGGACAGGGUCGGUGGCUGCCGCUCAAAGCCACUCCUCUAUGCCGGGCGGGGGUCCCGGGAGGAAAUUCCUCCCCUGACCUCGUGGCCACGAGCUUCCCAUGGACAAUCCAGUGCGGCUGCAUGGGCUGUGCCACGCAUGUGCUGCAUGGCCAGCGCCGCUUCCUUGGGGCAUCCCGCUGCUCUCCUCGCUCCGCCGCCCACACGAAGCCCGUCCGCCCCGGGCCACGCUGCUCCGCUCUCUGUGUCCCAGCAGAGCUGCGUCCGUAUCCCUCCCUCCAAUCCCAUGAUCUCCCAUCCCGGUUGGAGCCUGGCUUGGCCCUGGGGACGCCUCGCUGGAAUGUCACCACCACGGGGGUUCGGAUUCCCCCCUCCCGCAGCGUCCAGCACGGAGGGGACGGGAGGCCGAGCCCCCGCGGCGCCGCUGCUGGGUGCUGGGCUGGACUGGGAGGGACUGGGACGCUGGGAUGGGCUGGCUGGCAGCACGUGAGCGGGCGCCACGGGAUUUGCCUCCACGCAGCAGCCUAAUUAUCCCGCAGAGCAGGUCGGCCGGCGUGCUGGGAAGGCGCUGGCGGAGCGGCGGCCGCGGGAGCGGGUGGGCAUCCGGCCCUGGCGAGCCCCCCGGGAGGCAGGAUGGUGGCGGCCCGAGCCCCCCGUGCCGCCGGCAGGGCCGAGCCGCGGGCGAGAGGCGGAGGAUCCGGGCGCUGCCCCCGCUGGCUCCCGCCGGAGCGCUCCCUGCGCUGGGGCAUCUUCUCUCUAACUCUCUUCUUUUCCUUCCUCCAAUUUUGCCCCUUCACCUUCUUCUCCUUUCUCUCCUCUCCUCUGCCCUUCCUCUCCCUAAGUUUCGAGGACUCCACCCUGUCCACAGCCACUACCCUUGAGUAUAUCCCCACCUCAGCAGGCGAUCCCAAAUUCCAGAGGCCCCGCACGCUCGUGCGCCAGCAAAGUCUGCAGCAGCCCCUGAGCCAGCACCAGCGCGCCAACCACAGCCAGCCCACCACCAGCCAGAGCCUGGGCCACCUCCAGGCCCACAGCGGCUCCUCCGCCGCCGCCGCCGCCAGCUCCCGGGGCUCCCGCGGCGGCCCGGCGCGCCAGGGCACCGCCGCCGGCUCCAAGCAACGGAUGGCCGGGGGCAGGAGCCGCUCCAACCCCGGCAGCUGGGACCACGUGGUGGGGCAAAUCCGCAACCGCGGCUUGGACAUGAAGUCCUUCCUGGAAGGCCGGAUGGUGGUGUUAUCCCUGGUUUUGGGACUCUCAGAGCAAGAUGACUUUGCCAAUAUUCCCGACCUGCAACCCGCUGGGACGCAGCCGAACCAGGCGAACGCUCAGGGGGACAAGAGGUUGCCGGCCGGUGGGAAGGCUGGGAACGCGGCACCGGCGCCAGGGCAGCCGCCGCACGAUGAGUCCGACCGCAAGACGGAGCCACACUCCUCCGUCUCCGACCUGGUCAACUCCCUGACCAGCGAGAUGCUCAUGCUCUCCCCGGGCUCCGAGGAUGAUGAGGGCCAUGAAGGCGUCAGCCGGGAGAACCUGGGCCGCAUCCAGUUCAGCGUCGGCUACAACUUCCAGGAGUCCACCCUGACCGUGAAGAUCAUGAAGGCGCAGGAGCUGCCGGCCAAGGACUUCAGCGGCACCAGCGACCCCUUCGUCAAGAUCUACCUGCUCCCCGACAAGAAGCACAAACUGGAGACCAAGGUCAAGAGGAAGAACCUCAACCCGCACUGGAAUGAAACCUUCCUCUUCGAAGGGUUCCCCUACGAGAAGGUGGUGCAGCGGGUGCUGUACCUCCAGGUCCUGGAUUACGACCGCUUCAGCCGCAAUGAUCCCAUCGGAGAGGUGUCCAUCCCGCUCAACAAGGUGGACCUGACCCAGAUGCAGACUUUCUGGAAGGACCUGAAGCCCUGCAGUGAUGGCAGUGGAAGCCGUGGGGAGCUGCUGCUGUCGCUGUGCUACAAUCCCUCGGCCAAUUCCAUCGUGGUGAACAUCAUCAAGGCACGGAACCUCAAAGCCAUGGACAUCGGGGGCACCUCAGAUCCCUACGUGAAGGUGUGGCUGAUGUACAAGGACAAGCGGGUGGAGAAGAAGAAGACGGUGGUGAUGAAGCGGUGCCUGAACCCUGUCUUCAACGAGUCCUUCGCCUUCGACAUCCCCACGGAGCGGCUGCGCGAGACCACCAUCGUCAUCACCGUCAUGGACAAGGACAGGCUGAGCCGCAAUGACGUCAUCGGCAAGAUUUACCUGUCCUGGAAGAGCGGUCCCGGCGAGGUGAAGCACUGGAAGGACAUGAUCGCCCGCCCGCGGCAGGCAGUGGCACAGUGGCACCAGCUGAAGGCCUGAGCGCCCCCGGUCCGCGGGCUCGGGGUCCCCCUUCCCAGCUCCCAGCCCCUUCCCGCGGCGCUCCCGGCCAGGGACCGGCGGGACAGCGGCCUGGCUCACGGGAACCCUGCGGGAGGACGGGGACGGAGCCCCCCCGACCCCCCGCGUUCGCCUCUCCCUGGGGUGUGGGGGGUGCGGAGCCGCCCCCCACCCCGGCCGAGGAGGUGCCAGAAGCGAUGUCCCCCCCAUCCCUAUUCCCACCACCGGGCAGGACUUCUGCGAGUGCUUCCAGCCCCGCUCCCGGAGCCCCUCGGCCCCUCCCCGGCCUCCCCCCCCCCAUUUCAGGGGGUCAGGCUGCAGGUGCAAGAGGGACCCUCCGCCCUCCCCGUUCAGCUCCAUAAAACCUCUCGGAGCCGCCAGCGGAGCCACGGAGCCCCCCCUGCCCCGCCCCGUCCCCACCGCGCCCCCCUGGAGCCUCCCGGGGCGGGCGGGGGACACCGAGGGGAGGGGACGGCCCCUUUUCCUGGGAUCGGAAGCCAUGACACAGUUCCUUAUCCAAAGCGGGCUCCUCCGUGCACUGCCUUCAGCCGGGUUCGAUGCUUUACCUCCGUCUUGGGUCUCGGCGGGAGCGGGGGGUCCCUAAGGCGGGCCCCCAUCCCGGGCUCGAAGGGGCCCCUCGGGGGAAUGCGGAGCUCCACAGGGUCCCCUUCCAGCCGGGGCUGCUCCGGGAGCCCCGUGCCCACCCCUGGGGAUAAAGGGUAGAGCGAGCGCUGUUGUCCCCAUCGAGGGCAGGUGACAUUCCCUGGGCUGGUGGCAUUCCUUGGGACGGCCAGCCUGGCAGGAUCAGUGCCAGCAGCAGCAUCCCCACGGAGCCCUGGGAUGCACAUGCCAGAGCCCUUCCCGCUCCCUGGGACCCCCAAAAACAGGGAUAGACCCACCUGGGAGCCCCACAGGGGUGACAACGGGGUCGGUGGUGGCUCUCCGGGCAGACGCCAGAUCAUCCUCAGUCUUCCUGCUCCCCCCGUGGCACCUUUGGCUCCCAGCAGCUCCCACAGCCCCAAUUUAGACGAUUUUGGACAAUCUGGAGAGAAGUCAUAAUACUGCUAUUACAGUAAUAACAACGCUUUUAGGGACAUUUGUAUUUUUGUCAUAUUCUCUCUUUUUUUAACAUAAAAGAAGAGACUUACAUGCCUGGGGAAGGGGUGGCAGGGCCAGGGCUGUGCCAAGCCGGGUGCCCCCCGUGGCCCUUUGGGCACCCUGCUUUUCCAGGCUGGAUUCCUCGUCCGCGGUCGGGCUCCCCGGGGGUUUGUGUGUUCAUUUUUAACUCUAGAGCUCGUAGCCGUGAUCUUGUUCAGGUUCUCUCUUCUUCAUGUGACGGUAACAUCCAACUGGUGUGUAAAAUACAGAAAAACAGAAAAAAA